AGGUCGUUAAAUUUUUUCGAGUUCGCGUCAACACAUCAUAUCGUGAUGUUAAACAAACUAGAAGAGAUAUUCUGACUCCUCCAUAUCAGUUUUUUUUGUCUCGUUGGCGUCGAACUGCAAAUAAAAACGGGUGGUGAAAUCAUUUUCGAGGUUAAAGGUCAUAUAAAAAUGGAGACAACACUCUCGGAUUCAAGCCUGGCGCUUUUGCAGCCGGAAGAGAUAGGAGCAGCUGUGCCACGACGCAAGGAGGAAGUUGAAGUUUCGCGCACAGGACAGGAAAAAGAUAACGCGGCUUUGGCCGACAAAAUGGAAAUGGCCGUGGAAGGUGAGUUCGAGUGGGCAGUAGAUGCCGAGUGUGAGGGAGAUAAAAAACCGAGACCUCAACAAGGCAGCGUUUAUCAGGACGGCGGCGACGUGGGAGGCAGUCCUGCAUAUAGGACAGGUCGUGGUCCUCGCGCAACGCAACGUGGUUCUCACGCCUCUGGAACUCCUUUACCCGACGACCUGCCACCACCGCAGCAUGUAGUCUUUCAAUACAACAUGCACUUUCACCACCACACGCAUGCUGAACCGAAAACCGGUGGCCAGCAGCAAAACACCUCUUUGCAGCACUACGUUGCUGGGAAGCAGACCUUCCGAAGCUUCACCGCUAAGCCGGAAGAGGGAUCAUCUUCAGGAGACUUUUCGGAUGGCGUUCAGUACCAGGAGAUUUCGUGGGGUGAUCGAACCUGGGGCAAUUCUUCUUCCGAAAACGAAGAUGCUCAUAUUGGAAAGGGCGCAACCAGUGCGGCACAAGUACCACCUCCUGUGCCUACCGCGGCGCGGGAAAUGACGCGGGAUGGAGGACAAGCUGGACAUCUUUUCGUGCCCAGUUGUACCGCUUCAAGGGCACAUCAACAAAGCCAAGGCUUACAGGCCCUGCAAAGUCUAUGCCAAUCCCAAGCUCUAGAGCUGCAGCAAAAGCAGCACAAAAUCACCGACCUGGAAAACACGAUAGCCGAGUUGCGAUCGACGGUGGAAAAAGUACAGAAAGAAAGCGACGAGCGGCUGCAAAAGAGCUUCAAAUCCUCGCACGAAAGUGCAACUUUGAGGAGAGAAAUGGCUGCGAACGAAAAAACGGCGCAAACGACAGCGGACGCUCUGCGACGAGAUUUGGCCACAGUGAAGCAACAGGCUAAGGUUUCGGAGCGUCUUUUAAAGACGCUGACUUCGAAAUUAGCUUCUGUGGAGGAAGAGCUUCGCGAGGCCAAGGUCGCUCCCAGCACGGAGAAGGAAGGAGGUAGCAAGGGCGUCUGGCGCUUGGCGCAGGUGGAACAAGCCAAAAAGAAGUUAGAAACAAGGGUCAAGGAACUGGAGGCGGAGAAUCUGCAGGUGUGCGAGAAAAGUGAGAAGCUUGCCGCCGACCUACACGCUGCUGAACAACCUCAGCGGGAGACGACGCAACUCGCACUCGAGAAAAGAGACAGGGCCUGGGUGGGCUUCUGCAAUAGCAAUGGCUUACUACCGGCACAACUUCAGCUAUCUCUUUGCUACGAAAGCGAAAAGGAAAACGGUCUCGAUUGGGAAGAAGCGAUAAGAAGUUGGUUUUUUGCGGUCCCGACGAUGAGCGCGCCUUUGUUCGAGUCGGAAUGCAAGUGGUUCUUCGGGAUCCUCGAGAAGCCGGCGGACAAUACACCACCAAGUAUCUGCUUUACUUUUACUACGUGCACGUUUUUUUCAUCAAACUAGUCCGCCUGAGCAGUCAGUGAAACGUGUGGCAUUUCUGGACCGAAGUUGCAGCGGAUGGUGUUCGAACUGCGUCCUUUUUCUCGAAAAACGAUUCAUAUCGCAGGUAUUUUUUAUCCGAAGUUGAGCCGAUUGAUUUGGGAGGGCAGCAAGAGGGUGAUCAGGAAUAAAAGGCGAUGCCACGACGAGGGCGUUCUACGGAACGAGCUGAUUUAUGUCCAGCUGUCCUGCAGGCUGCGCCGCUGGCUCAACGAGAGGAAAAGGCUUGUACAGGAGGACUUUGAAAACAGUUUUUUUGAGGAGGACAUUGAAGGGAAAGGCGAGAUUGGGUUCGGUUUCAUGACGUUCGAACAGGAGGUCAAGGAUUGUGGAGGUAAUCCGUCUGGUGACGAUUCGAAGCUCAUCUGGUCAAGAAGGUACAUGUGGGAGCGUCUACUAUUUCUAAUUGAACUCAUUCGCGGGUCGAGUGGUGUCUUCGCGGAUGAGACCCGCACCGCUCGCCGGAUCGCGGAGCGCUUUUUGGACGCAGGAAUCAAGCACGCGAAGCGUUGUCCCUCGCUAGAGGAAGAGGAAUGUCGUCAGGCAAGCGCUCGAGCAGACUACAACGCCGCGACAGCGCAUUUUGGGAUGCUAAUGACGUUUUUGAAAGUGUUAUACGAGACGAACAAAUCAACGGCGUGGAAGCAUGGAGAAAUGUGCUGGAAAAAGUACAUCACACUAGAUGAUGAUGGCCAUCGCUACAGCAAAGGGCCCUUCCCCUUCCGAGUGUUGCACGACCAUGGUGGACCUCUUGCUUUCCUGCUUUACACACUGAAAAAUUUACACUGGGAACCCGAUAUGGAAGGCAUCCUCAAGCAAGCGCCCAUUAUUGGAGCCGUCGAAAAUCUCCUCAGCAACAAGGGAUGGGAUCUGAAGAAACCAGCUGAUGCUGAACUAGUCACGCUACGACCUUUGCCUCAGCGAAGCAGCAAGAAGACAAAAAAUGACUCAAAGACGACUGCAACAAAGUAAGCCGCGCUGUUAUGUUGAACGCGGAAGACAACGAGAUUAAUAAAGGCGUGGAAAAACAGUAAAUUUAUGCUCCUGCCGAGACAGAACAUGGAACAGUAGGAGCACGGCGCAGAGGGCGCAAAAAGCGAAAUUCUGCGAGGCUUUUUUCACUCAUCAAUCCUAUUGGAAUCAAGCUCAUGCUGAGCUCAUGCUAUAGGCCACAUUCCGCCAAUCGGAAUCAAAUCCCUUUCUAUUUCAGCUUCAACAAAAGCAAAGCUGACACGCGAACUUUAUUCACCGCGAUAUUUGUAUCAUGAAAUUCUAGAGGAUUGUCUGAAGCAGGAAGGUGAC